GAAAUUGCACCAAAAACUUCCAAGUCCCAAUUUGUCUAACAUUCUUCCUAAACUACACGAAACGAAUCUCCCAAUUUAUAUCUUCUUUAGGUAAACGGCGCAACAAAAAAACAAUUCAGUCACCUUCAAUACCCCUUUUCACUUGUGAGUUGUGAGAGAAGAAAGACUUCAACUUUCUCUCUCCUACUCUAAAUAACAGUUGUCCCAGUGCUGUCAGUUGGCUUCCGUUAAUGACUGAAAUCAAAGAGCCAGAGAAAACCAGCAAUUGGGUUUUCUUAGAACACAAAUCUACAACUGGGUUUCUUAAUUUGAGCUGUAAAAAUUUGGUGGGUUGUUAAUUUUGAGGGUUUAAUCUCAAAGUUGCUGAGUUUUUUGGUGUUGAAGAUUUCUGGGUUUUUCUCAAUUGGUUGUUUUAUGACAUGGGUUUUGUUGGGAAUUCAGUUUACCACAUGGGAUUUCCUUUUUGGAGGUAAUGAAGCAAAGUUAUUGUUGAUGGAUUUUGUUUAAUAGUUUAAUUUUUCAUACAGUUAAUUUCGUGUAAAAGGGAGAAACUUUUUGUGAUUUUUGCCCUUUGAUUCAAUACACUUCAAUUUUAUUGUUUGUUUAGUCUUACCUAAACUUGUUAGGUAGAGAAUUGUUCUUGGAAGUAGUUGAGCAGUAGGAUUGAUUUGAGUAGAAGUAUACUUUAGAAGUUUAGAGUAAGUUUUAUUGGAAGAGAUUGAUUCUUGUAGGAUUCAGAGCAAUUUUUUUUUGGUGGGUGUUGUUGCUGUUUUUGAACUCUUAAUUUUAGCUGUGUAAAUCAUGUCUGGUGGAACACCUGUUGGGACCCCUGUUGGGGCUAAUUUUAUGAGGCAGAGGCAUAGCUGGGGUUAUGCCUCCGGUGGGGAAGAUCUUGAAGAUGAUGCGUCCUCGAAACCAAUGCCUCCGCCUCCUUCGAUUCCGAGAGCUAAGACAUGGAUUGAGAUUUUGGAGAAUGUUCUUUGGAUUGGUUCAGCAGUGUUUAUCAUAAUUUUUGGUGAUUGGCAUUCAAAUCUUAUCUAUCUCCUUUGGCACGAUGACCGGAUUAGAAGGAUACCUCUAUACCUAGGAUUCGGAGGUGCUGUUUUGAGUGCUGCUUAUUUCUUUUAUACGAGCAUGUCAUUGUGGGGUGUCAGAAAAUCAAAUGAGAAUUGGGAGAUACUUGGUGCAUCUGCCUUGCCAUUGGUUACUCUGCUGGGCCUAACUUCCUUUUGCCUAUUCACCUGGGCUUUGUGGCCGAUUUGGAGUUUCUUGACCCUACCUCUUGUGUUCACACUCUUCAUGGCUUGCAUGGUUAUAUCACCAUAUUUAAUUAGCGGAACAUUGAAGCCACAGUCUGAAGUACUCCGCCUCGAUUGAUGGUUUAUCUUUGAGAGUUUAAGGUAAAUUGCACAUGGCGAAACCAACAUUACAACCUACUCUAUACCGGGAGGAAAGGAUGAUAGAAAUCUGUGUUGAUAUGUGUUUCUUUCUUUUUCUAUGAUGCAAUUCUUCCCAUGUUGGUGCUAACCACUAUGUUGGCUUUGUUCCGAUCUUCACAUGUUUGCGUUGUAUUCUUUUUACUUGGCCAGCUGAUUGAAUGAAGAAAUUAGUUUAAAAUAGGCCAGAUCUCAGUGAAGGAUUUUGUCGUGUGGUCUUAGCACCUCCUGUAAAGUAUUAUCAAAUGUAGGGUGGUUUCUCCAUGUUUUGAGAAGGUUAUAUUGCAUCAUUGGAUAAAAAUUGCAACAUAUAUAA